GAGAGAGGGAGAGCUCUGUUUAUGGCUGCGUGCGGAUGACUUCGUCUUUUCCGUCGGUGAAGUAAACGAUUCCAUUUCUUUAUUCGACGCCUUUUUUCUUUGGAUUUCAGUUGAAUCGCUGCUAAACUCGGCGGAGAAUUUAAUGGUAGCUUACAAUGGUCAUCCGGCAUUGCUCUGGUUAAGACUUUAAUGGCGUACUACUAUUAGUGGUGAGGUACGGACUGUGUAUACCCCCUCUCCCAAACACUUUAGUGUUAUCGUGUUCUCCCCAAGUAAUGAGGAACCAAAUGGUCUAUAAUUUGGUUUGUAAAUCCGGAAUGUAAUGUUAUGGUUCAGUUUCCUUGUUUAGACAUUCUAUUUGUUCUGGUUUUCGAUGUUCUAGGGUUUGAUCGUCAGGUUUUCCUUUUGAGUUUUGAUAACGGAAUAGUAGACAACUUAUUCGGUUAAUUUGAUCGGAGUCUGAGAGCUUUGAACAAACGUGGAAGGUUAUAUUGUAUUUGAAGGGGAAAAAGUGAUUUACUGUAGCUACAGAGUGGGGGAAAUGGAAGACACAGAAGAAGCUCGCGCUGAUGUGAUGCAGCGACUUCAGUCGUCUUCUGGGACAUCGUCGUCUUCUCUUCCCAAGCAGCCAUCGACCAGCCGAUUCGACCUUCCCCAUUUGAAUACUUCGUUGGUUCACCCUCAGCUGAGACAUUUCUCGCAGAAUUUUAGUCCGGAUAACAACAAGAGGCCUGGUAUACCUCCAUCACACCCUCACUUCCCUCCCGCCUCUCCCUACUCCCAGAUCCCAGUCUCCCGCCCAGUUACUCAGCAACUGGGCUCUCAAAAUUUUAGCCCAGGUCCUUCUCAUUCGAGAUCUCUGUCACAGCCAACAUUUUUCUCUCUUGAUAACUUACCUCCCCUGAGCCCUUCACCUUACCGUGACUCCUCAUCCCCAUCACUAUCUGACCCAUCUUCUGCCGAUGUUUCAAUGGAAGACCGAGAUGGUGGCCUGCAGGCAUCCCACCCUCCUUCACCUUUCACGAGAGGUAACACCAGCCGCGUCAGUGAAAGCCUCCCACCUCGGAAAGCGCACAGGCGUUCUAGCAGUGAUAUCCCUUUCGGGUUUAAUGCUAUGAUCCAAUCUUCGCCUCCACUCAUCCCGCUCAGGGGUCAGGGUGUUCUCGACCGCUCAACAUCGUCAAGAGAGAAUUUGGGAAUGGUUAAGCCGGCUCAGUUAGUGAAAAGAGAAUCGGACUGGGAUAGGGAUGUCGACAGCAAUGCAGCAGAAGGAAUGGGGGAGAGAAAAUCUGAAGGGGAAGCUAUUGAUGAUUUGUUCUCCGCAUAUAUGAACUUGGACAACAUGGAUUCCCUGAAUUUAUCUGGAACCGAGGACAAACAAUAUCAUGAGAACCGUGAGGAUUUAGAUAGCAGAGCCAGUGGCACAAAGACAAAUGGGGCCGAUAGCAGUGACAAUGAAUCUGAAAGCAGCAUAAAUGAGAGUGGCAACAGCUUAAGUCGCCCAAACCCAAGUUCCUUCACUGAGAGGAAGGAAGGUACCAAAAGGAGUGCAGGGGGAGAUAUUGCUCCAACUACCCGUCACCACAGAAGUGUUUCUAUGGAUAGCUUCAUGGGCAAGAUGCCUAACUUUGGUGACGAGUCACCAAAGUUACCACCUUCCCCUGGAAACCCUGCAGCUCAACAUUCACGCAGUAAUUCGAUGGACGGGAACUCUACUUUCAGUUUGGAUUUUGGGAACGGCGAGUUCAGUGGGGCUGAGCUUAAGAAGAUUAUGGCCAAUGAAAAACUUGCUGAGAUUGCAUUGUCAGACCCCAAACGUGCCAAAAGGAUUUUGGCAAAUCGACAAUCGGCUGCUCGAUCCAAGGAGCGAAAAAUGAGGUAUAUCUCAGAACUGGAACACAAGGUGCAAACUCUACAGACAGAAGCCACCACAUUGUCUGCACAGCUGACCCUGUUACAGAGGGAUUCUGCUGGGCUUACAAGCCAGAACAAUGAGUUGAAAUUUCGUCUUCAAGCCAUGGAACAACAGGCUCAACUCAGAGAUGCCUUAAAUGAGGCAUUGACUGCGGAGUUUCAGCGCUUGAAGAUGGCUACUGGAGAAUUGAGUGGGGAAGUUCAUCCUUCUAAUUGCUUGGCUCAGCAGUUAUCCAUAAAUCCUCAGAUGUUCCGAAUGCAGAAUCAGCAGCUCAACAUUUAUCAGUUGCAACAGCCGCACAACCAACAGGCACCACCACAGCAACAACAGGCACAUCAGCAACAGCAGCAUCCCAGCAACACAACGGCAAAGAAUGAAUCGAACCAAUAAGCUGAGGGGGAAGUGGUAUCUUGGUUACAAGUUAAAACUAUUUAAUGGUCUAGUAUAUUAAUCUGGAGAUUCAGUCUGGCUUCUACUCUCCAUCAAAUCAUUACCUGUAUCUGUUAAGAUGUGCACUUGCAGGUAAAUGACAUGAGCUGAUUCGAUCUGUGUCCUGUUUUGGGCUGCAAGGUCCCAGGAUGGGUGAGAUUUCCCUUCGGCAUUUUUUGUGCAAAGUUGCCUUCUGAAGACUUGAAUCCAGGAUAGCAUAAAGUUAUAGAAGCACAUAUAUUUAUUUAUUUAUUGUUAAUAUUUCAAAGUUUCAUUACAUUACUUAAGCAUUGAUUUGUCUAAAGGCUUUGUUUAUUUUGUUUGGACACUGAGGAGAGGCAACUCUUCCUCUGUCCUUUUUUUUAGGGAAGAAUACCGUACAAACCUUUUACUCUAUAUUUAUGGGUUCAUGUUUUUAGGUUA